UAUUUAAAUAAAUUCUCUUCAAAGCACCAUUUUUCUAACAAAUUUAUACAUAAAAUUUUGACGAGAAAAACCAUGUCUGAUCACGAGAGUCCGAAUCCAAUAGCAAGAGCAGGGCAAUUGAUAAAGGCUCUAUUGUCUACCUUAAUGAUGUUCACGGCUACAGAAAUCUUGGUUUUCUCCAUACUAGCUACGGACAGCCGGCUUGCUAGAUCACUGCUUUGCGUCAUGGCUUUGACGCUUCUUCAUGUUUUCAGUAUGGCUCUGCUUGCCAUCCUCUGCUUCUUUGAGUUUGGAAAACCUCCCACUGGCAUUGUUAGUUUUCGAGACUUAUGGGGUGUGCUAGUGAUCAUUGCUUUAGAGCAUCACCUGAAAAUUUUCUGUGUGGUUGUUGCCUCUCUCGAGAUACUCGCAUUCCUUUGUGUCAUUUUUGGCACUAAUUUGGUCCUCUAUCUAGGAUAUCUAUGCCUUGCAACCCUGCCAAUAUGUAUCGAUGUUAUGAAUUUCUAUAGGAAGUGGAGAGCUCUCAUGGCCAGCAACUGAAGAAUCUCGAGGUUGGCUCAUUUCUGAUUCUUUGACAAAAUUGUAAUCAAAAUAAGCAGAGACAUCUAAAAGUUCAAUGUCAUCCUAGAAUUUUUCUAAAAUUUAAGAAAUGUGUAUGCAUUCUAAGCUUCUAUUGUAUCAGCGUACACCAAAACUCUUACUAAUCCACCCACGUUUAAAUGAAAUUAUAUAUGCACAUGUACCAAUCUAUAAGGGUGAAGAAAAAGUUGCUAAUGUCUUGAUUUCAUUAGAAUUUCUACUCCAGGAGUUUCUUAUUCUAGUUUUCAUCAAUCAGUCUGUAAAGGUAGACACCUUCAUGAUUAAACUU